CAACAUGUGACCUCCAAAGCUUCCCAUAGUGUCUUUCCUGAUCACCACAUGUGCUGUUUUAUUUUUGGAGAAGUCUUGCACAUGGGUCAUAGUUAUGCUCACACUACUAUGAGAUGUCUGAUCGUCAUAGACCGGCUGAAAUGUUGUUGGUGAAUAUUUACCUGGAUAUCACACUUGGGUCGGCUAACCAAUCAGAUGCUUGAUUUUCUAUGGGGGUGGUUACUACUAUGGACCCAGAUUCGGCCCGGCAACCGCAAGCCCCGGCCCUUCAGCAGGGCACGUUAAGUGGGCAUGCCCUAGUAGGGGCCGGGCCAGGGCCUCGUGGAAAGCACUAUGUUUGUGGCUCGCUUGCUGCGUUCACUAACAUCAUCGUGACAUUUCCCAUUCAGAAAGUUCUGUUUCGCCAGCAGCUGUACGGAGUUCGUGUAAGCGAAGCCGUCCAUCAGCUCCAGAGGGAGGGGCUUAGAAACCUCUACCGCGGGCUGUUGCCUCCUCUACUACAGAAGACAACAACCGUAGCCAUCAUGUUCGGCCUGUACGAGGAUUUUUCUCGGCUGCUCUUGCGACACGCUCGACGUAGCGGUGCGCCCGAGCUCGUCACGCGGAGCGCCGCCGCAGCGCUGGCCGGGAUGGCCGAAGCCGCCCUCACGCCGUUCGAACGAGUACAAACGCUACUUCAGGACCACCGACAUAACAGGCGUUUCAACAACACGGCGCACACUUUCCGGACACUUCUACAAGACCAUGGCGUGAGGGAGUGCUACCGCGGGCUGGUCCCCAUUCUGUUGCGUAACGGGCCCAGUAACGUUCUCUUCUUUGGGCUCCGUGGGCCCAUCAAGCAACGGCUGCCAGAGGCACGAAACUGGACAGGUCACAUGGCCAAUGACUUUGUGUGUGGCGGCCUGCUAGGGGCAGCUCUGGGCAUCAUGUUUUACCCACUGAAUGUGGUCAAAUCUCGAGCCCAAGCCCAAGUAGGGGGCGAGUUUGUGUCCUGCAGCCAGGUGCUGAUGACAGUGUGGCGGGAGAGAGGUGGAAGCAUCGUGCUGUUGUUUCGUGGGGCGACACUAAACUACCACAGAUCACUGCUCUCAUGGGGUAUCAUCAACGCAACCUAUGAGCUUCUUCUGAAAGUUUUCUGAGGGACAAAAAGCAGACGGAGUGGAUAACAUAAGGGGGAACUGUAAAAUAGCCAAACAAAUGAAAUGUUCAUUAUCGACCAGACGUCACUCUUUAAAAGAGGUCUGGACACUUGCACCUCACAAUAAAUAUCUGUGUAACUUAUGAAUAAACAGAUUCCAAAGACUGUUGCCUAAAUAUAAAGUUCACUCAUAUUACUUGGCUACUAUAAGUGUUGUGAAAUGUAACGCCACCUGUAGUGGCACUAGUACUAGUUUUUAGUCACUUUCUAGGGGGCGUUUGGGGUGUUGCACUACUGACAAACAUUUGUACUUCAUUGAAAACACGCCAAGAGGUUAACCAGAUAAGCAAUUUCUGGACUAGAAGAUAGCAAACUGUGUGGAUCACUCAGUGUUUUAAAAUGUUAAGUUAACUUGUCUGGGUGUUCAUAACAGCAUUUGUGGACCACGCUAUGAGAAAAGUCCAUGCUGUUAUUUUGCCAAACCAAUUAAUUCUAAUGUAUUCAUUUCAAAGGUGGAAAUUAUAUUUUUAUGUAUCAAAUGUUUUGUGAUAAUUGUGGGUGAGAAGUAAACAUAAUUCUUCAAA